UUGAAAAGGGAUGUUUAUUGGCAAUGUGAAUCGGUCACAUGGACAAACAAAGGUUACCAUAGACUCUAAGGAAUAGUUGUUUUAGUCUGACGGAAUGUCUAGCCGCAGUAAAAUUCGAAACGUUUUGUUUUACCUGACUGGAACAUUAGGAUUCCUUAAGACAAUCAAUAGACACAUCGGUCGAUUUGAAUUUCAAGGUUUCAAACAUUUCACGCUUAGUAUCACAUUGUACCGCUGGGAUCGUGGGUGUAAGCUCUUCGUUUUUCAUAGAGUAACAGUUACAGGAUAAAUUUCAGUAUAGAAGUUUUCGUAGAGAAUUUUAGUAGGAUCAUUGAAUCGCUCGUGGCGAAUGGUACGUGUCACAGCCGGGCGCGGAUCAGUAAAGAAGACUUUUUCAUGUAGAUUAAGUGUGAGUGUUUAGUGCAUUUCGAGUGUUUACGUAUGGGACAAAAUACCCAUUGGAGAUGGCGAAGACCUUGUCAAACGUUUACUUAUCAAUUCUAGACUAUUGUAACAUGGAAUCAUUCGUACUACAUUAUAAUGUUAGUACGAAAUUCCUAUUUCAAGCUUAACUUGAUUCCCGUAAGUUGGCGCAGGACCGAUUUGAAGACUUUUCUCCCUUUUCAACAGGCCUUUUCAGUUUAGUUCCUGGGCGCGAUGGAGCGUUUUCCAAAUCGAUACCUCGUCGUCACCAAUACGCAAAAAUCACAGCUAUCCUUUUUGUAGCAGUGGAAGUUCUAGCUCGGAGUGGAGUGGAGAACAAGGAACAGGAGGAGGGUAGGGGGUAAGAAUCACGCUUUGUUCCCUCCUCCCCGUCAAAGCCUCUCAUGCGCAGCUAAGCAGACGACGUUCCCAAUAGCAGAUCGGGUCUUGCCCACACGGGUUCCGCGUCCUUAUCUCCAUUUAUCGUUUUUGCGCUCGAUGCUCCAUGUACAUGUACGCGCAUGCGCGCAUUCACCAGUGCAUGCAGGCACUAGGCAUUAAUGCUCAUGGACAUAAACGGACGGAUAUCAAUGUUUUACUAGUGAUACAUAGUCAGGCCUGUUUCUCCUCCUUAUUUUUCUCGUACCCUUCGGGAACGCACACGUCUUUCCGGUGAUUCUGACAGCGGUGGGCAGUCUGCGCUAAAGUUCACACGGUCCCGUUUACACAAACACAGACCAAAGAGCGCGGUGCCGUACGUCGCGCACGUAUACGUAACCUUAAAAACAGACAUACAUGUACUCACACGCGCACUCACUCACACAUAGACGCACAGGCCGAAAAGAGGAACGAAAAGGGUCCAUCUUUCAAGUACACGCAAACGAUAGGAAAGGAGGUGGUAAAUGUGGUUGCGCUGGUGGUACAAGUAAGAAUCCGCCACGAAGGGAGAAUAGUGACAGGAGUAUGCAGGCAUGCAGCCACCCUGCGUAGACAUCUGCAUAUUAGAAGUCUUGCGCACCUAGUACACAGACACCCGCUUACACACAUGCAGUCAAGUGAAGAAGAAAUGGAGGGCGCGGAAAGGGAGAAGUGGUAGAAUGAAGCAGAGAAAAAUAGUGGUUGUGGCAGAUGCUGCUGUGGCGGGACUGUCAUCAUCAUCAUCAUCAUCAUCCUCUACGUCCUCCUCCUCCUCCUCCUCUUCGUCGUCGUCGUCGUCGUCGUCCAACCCCGUUUUACGUCGCUAAACGUGAACUUACGCUUCUACGCGGCUAUCCGUUUGCAAUUGUGUGGGCUGCCUUGCCCGUUCUCGUACAGUCGUGGACAGCAGUAGUGGCAACGGCGGCGUCGCUGGGGGCUCGCACGCUCGUAUUCAAAGACGCGACUAAACAACGUAUGCAUCGAGGUCGUUUUAUGGCAGAUAGGCGGAUGUCCCUCCUCCACUAAACCAACGCUAUUGUCAAAGGGGGAAGAUGAACGCUGGCUACAGCGGCCGCAGCGGCAGUUACAUUUCACCAGUGUGAUCAAACCAGGCGUCAACAGCGGUGGAAAAAAGAUUUUGUGAAACAACAACCGCUAGGACUACUAACCUGCUAUUGCUGCCGACAACAGUGGUCAGCUGCUGCGCUGCUACCACUUCUGGCCCACACGUUAUAAAGCCUAAAGUCCUUGGUCAUUGAAGACUUCCUAACAGUGAAUCAAAAGUAAACGGUGAAAAUAAUUUCCCCGAUAAAAGCUACAACUCGACUACUGAACAAAAUCAGUUAACAGGAGCUACACGGGAACGAAUAGGGCCGUUAAAGAAAAUAUCUUACAUUUCGCUCCUUGUUAGGAGUUUGACUGUGUUCGAUCACAGCCAUUAAUAAGGAAAGUGCGCUAAGUGUCUCUCGAUUGGCACGGCAUCUGAGCGCUCUGUGUGACUGAGUGCGUGUUGUCAUAGCGUUGUUUUACAUACGUCGUGGAUGACGCAACUGAAAAUGUACGUUGUAGAUAACACGGCAGGGUAUAGAUAGAUAUACGACAGCAUAGGACACAGUGAAAUCGAAGCUUUGAUUAUAAGGGAAGCAGGAAGCAGGCAGCUCCUAUUUCUAUACUAUAUCAUUUCAAUCUAAUGGAGAACUAAACAAAAAAGAAACAAGCUAGAGCGAAAACGCUGAGACGGAUCCUAAGCGCAGCGGUGCGGGCAUAUCGUCAGCAACUGCAGAAGUAACGCAAUGAAUGAAUAAGCGCUACUGCUGUUGAUGCGUCGUUGUAUGCAGUGGCACUGAUCGCGGUAAUCGCUUUAUAUCGUUAUUGUUGCCCUCAUCAAAUGAAGGCACAUGAGAAUUGAUGGGGCGCCGGCGGUGACAACCUGCUCCGCUCGACCUUGAAAAGAUCGAAGUGGCGCAAAAAGUAAACAAAACCACUAACCGUUGGUCGGCACUUCAACAACUAACGAGUGAUUAUCCACUAUAGUCGUAACGUUAUUUACACCAGCACCCUUAUAGCGUGCAUAUGUGGUGGAUGUAUAAUAAACAACACAAGGAACAAUAACAUCAACACUAUUUUUAAUCCUUGGCCACCAUCAUCACGUUGUCCGUCACCUCCAUCUGGGUGUCAAUCAUUACUUGUGUUAGUGCUGUUCGAUCAGAAGACUGAUCGAUUCAAAUGCGCAGAUUCCCCUCAAGCAAUAAUAACAACAAAAUGUUACUAUACGGUAUGCUAGCCGCGGCGGCGUUGAUUGUCUCACUAUCGGGAACCGCAUUGGCUACCGAUGAUGAACCUUUGCGGUGCUACCAAUGUCGCGUCGAGAAGAACGAAGAUUGCACGGACGAAUAUCUACGCGAGUGCCCGACUGACCAAGCCUACGACGUCUGCAUGGUCAGCGUGAUUAACAAUGCGGGACACGUCUAUAUCGAGAAGAAGUGCGCUCUUGGCCCCUGCAGCCUACGCGAUCCGAAGCAAUCAGAUGGCCUUGGAUUGGACAAAUGCGAUCGGAGUCAGAAUUCGUAUAGUUGCUUUGAAUGCUGCAAGGGUAGCGGCUGCAAUAGGAGUCCGGCUACACGACGCCGGCCAGCACCUUAUCUCGUCUUGAUUUUAUCUAGUGUUCUUAUAGUCACCAUGUUCCGGGUAGCGCAAAACGACCUCAUUUUGGGUAUCUCCCUUGACGCGAGGAGUUAACUAAAUAACACUAGAUUAUUCCGAGCCUAACUUAGACAGUGGCAAUACCAGCAUCGGCGUUUGCCAUGAACACAGAGACAAACCUUCUCUGACCACUAACUUACUAGUCACCGGCCACCCCUCGCAAAAUGAAGACAACUAACGAACUAGUCAAAAACUCGAUAUGUAGUAGCAUAAAAGUAAUGCUUUUUUAGUAGCAGCGUGUUAUCCGUCAGCCAAAAAUCGUUCCCACCUGGUACAGCGACCAAGACAACGCAAUAGACGGUGAUAUAAAUAUUGUAUUAGCAAUUACGAAGACAAAAUAGUUGUAUGUACCCACUUGAGGAUAAGAGCUCGAGCUAAUAACAAACGGGUUUCGUCAAAUCGUAUUUUCCAUUCCAGUUUGCUCUGGCGACCAUCAUUUUUACGAGCAUGUGAAGCUUUAUCAUUGAGAGGCCCAGUCAGUUGUUUGGAAAAGGAUGACUACAAUGAGAUGCUAAUGUAGAUCACCUCGGAAACGCUUCACAGUGCUCGUCGGCAUUAUCUCGAUACCUGAAGCUUCAAUGUCACCAUCAGAUGUGAAGUAUAACUUCAGAAGCUGGAUGUCUGUUGUCGCGCCUUACGUCAGGCGAGCGGGCAGGCACCAGAUAGAACAUCGUGAUUAUUUUCUUGGCGGUCCUUGGAGGGUGCUAGGUGUGAGUUGAUGUCCUCCUGAAAGGAGAAAAGGCUGCUCAUUUAGAAGCACAGCUAAUAAGCCUCUUGGGUGGCGGUCUUCUCCCUCUAACAUUGCGUUCAUUCAUACUAAUACAUAGGCAAGUAGCGCUAGUAACCCUACGCCACUGACAGAAAUAUUGUUACCUGUAUAUUUUGUUUGACCAGAGUGCAUUGAGUUUUUCCAUGUAGUCAAACUUUUGGGUGAGGAGGAGCAGAAGUAGUAGAUACCAAAUUUUAUUUCACUUAUUAAAAAUCUUUUAAAAAAAAUAAUCACUAAAUUGACUAGUUGAUAAGUCUGACAGGUAUCAUUGUUUGUCAUAGUAUUGUUAGUAGAUAUAUAUUACCACAUAGCAGUAGUAACGGCUGAUAAUAGCGGCAAUCAUCAUUGAAGUUAAUUGAAAAUGAAGUAGAUUGUCUUGUAGUAGGAUGAUUUGACGACGUCCUGCAUUGUGUCCUUAGUUAACCUACAAUCAAAUAGUAACUAAAUAACCUAAUAGCAAACCUAUAAUUAUUCCAACAACUAAUUCCUUUUAAUAACAACAACAAUAUUUGCCACUAGUGAAAAAUACUAUUAAUACAACCGUCAUCGAUAAUGAUCAUCACUACCGCUUCGAGUUAAAGGAUACUACCGUUCUAUAUACACCGAAACAUGACUAAAGAAAAACAUACAUAGAAAAAAAAUGAUUGAAAACCAAAAUAUAUGAAUAGACAAGUGCAUGCAUAUUUAAAUGCAAAGAAACUAUGACGCUUUGCACCCUGAAAAUCACGCAGUUCUAAAGGCAAACCAAACUCCUAGACCUGUUCAGUUGAUUUAACUCAAAUUCUUACCCAUCGCAUCGUGAUAACGUCCACCGUUAAUAAUAAUAAUGAUAAUGAGAAAAAUUACGGCGUUCCCCUCAAAAAUUUAGCAGUCGGUUUGCAAAAUUUUUGUAUGAAUGUGGCUCCCAUAGUGAUGGAUGCGAAUCAGGAACUAGUCAGAUCCAUCCCGAAAUACGGAGCUUUGUACGACGUACAAAGCAAUCUAUUUAACAUGCAGCUUCAACUCACUCAAAAUGAGUCCGUUUGAGAUAAUCUUCAGCGACUUGGCACCACAAAUUUUACGAUCGUAAUGUUAGCUAUUAGUCAGAUGGGUACGACGGAGGGUGUGGUGCAAAUGCGAAGUAACACGGUUAGCCUAGAUAAAGCGAGAAGUAAACUGAAAAAGCUGUUCAACGUCAUAAUGGUAUCUGUAAACUAUAUAAAUAGCAGUUUCGUUUCAGUAUUUCUUGGAAUUUGUUGCAGUUUCAACAGUUUCGUCAGAUGUUCGAUAAGCCCUUAUUGUGAGCAGCAGUAGGGGGCAAUUUCGGUUGUAGGGAGAAGCAAACCCGCUUUUGUAAUUUUUUGAUGGCUGACACAUAGCGAAAACCUCCCUUUUCGCAAACCUGAAGCAUUGAUUGGAACUUACCGACUCGAACUAACUACGUCGAACCAACUUAAUAACAAGAAAUGUCGCAGGUUAAACACACUAGUUGACUCCAGACCAACACAGCACUGUCACCGCAUUUGUGGGGCGUUCCAGAUAAAUAUUGUCAAAUUUUACUGUUUCAGCAACCCAGAACGGAUGAUAUGGGGUUGUCUGAAAGCGGAAAGAUCUCCGACGGAAUCUACUACCAUGACGAGUGAACUAGUUACACGAACUGCUAGGAGGACGUCAUUGCUGUCCGAAGUUUUCCAUUAUACUUUCUAUCUAGCUGGCUGUAUCUGUCAUCGAUUCACCAGUCGACAACUAUAAUGAUAAUGACUUGUGCUCCGUUGAAUAUUAUUAUUAUUAUUAUUAUCUACUAUUAUCGAAACAUGUGUACGUACAUUGUUCAAUUCUCGAACAUUUAUAUUCUUAUUAUCCUAUAAUUAUUGUAACUAUUUGUCGCAUGUUCGUAGAAACAUGGCGUGAAUGAAUCAACAACAUAAUACGGCACAGGAUUAGUAAAUAACUAAAUUCAUCGUGACAACUUGUGGUAUCUGAAGAGCAAUUCACGAACGAAAAACAUGGAAGCUCACUGUGGUCGCUAUACUUUCCUCCCACUUAUAUUUACCUGCACAAAAAACACGUGAUAUGCUAUUGAGAAUUUCCGUCAUCCCGAGAUGGCGCGUUUUUACCACCGCUUCGGCCCAGCUCAGUUGUUUAUUUAGCGCCCAAAUGGUUAAAAUACACAAUUAUAUAAAUCCUCGUCACGUGACAACUGCAAUUGUUGUUUUUUUGUAAUGAAAAUAGUUACUCUUUUUUUGUUGCUGUUGCUCCGCCAAGGGCUUGGUAGUACCACAAAUGAAUGCUACAAGCGACUAGAUCUUAGUUUUUAAGUUUGUGCAUAAUUAAAUUUGAUGCCUACCACAUUCUAUUUUAUGACUACGCAUCAAUACUCUACAUAUAACUUGCACACCUUCUCGUAAUAAUACGUUCGAGAAACAGCAGUGAAAUUGACGCGCCGCCCCUGCAUCGUGUACCGUUAAAGUUUUCGAUUUUCGCACUCGAUCGUUAAAAGUGAAUAAACAUUUCUAGACUGUGUGUGUUUUUUUAUCUUCCGGCGGCUUUUGCAGCGAAUUCGAGCGGCGACUUUCGGUUCUACUUGCGAAUCUUGCAGUGUAUUUUAGUAUAACUGCGUUUCUUACUAAAUGGCCAUUAAUGGCUCAUACCAGCUUCAAAUGAAUGUAAGAAGCAUUGUUUUCAUGGGGCAAGCAUACCCCGCUGUUCCUCCGGGAAAGAGCCUUGGUCGCCCGGUCGAUAUUUGUUGGCAACAACUGCAUUAGAUAUUUACAAUGCCAUUUAACGGAAAGUACGCAGAAACUGCAACGGCUCGGCUCUCGGGGACCCCAACAUGAUGCAGUCGUUGGACGCGAACCUGCCGAGGACGGAGGAGGCGCACAGCGGACCAGCUGGCCGCCUACCACGGGGAAACAUGGCUAAACUAAGUACUUCACCAAUUUCGCUGUUGACGUGAAAAAUGGGUCGAUCAUUGACGAUUGCCAGUAUGUCUGCAAACGUUUGCGGAGUUCCUCAGGGCUGGUAAAGUUUCGGCACUAGCGUCUGCUCGAGAGCGUUUUUAUUGUGACGACGAGGUUCUCGGUAAAUCCGUUUCUCCAAGGUGCGCGUCAGCAAGCGAACAACCGGGAUCACAAGAUCGCAAGAAGAUUUCGGUAUUGGCCUGAUGCUUGCCGUCAUUCGCAGAAAUGGUUGUCUGGUGUCGCAGAUGAACUGGCGAUUCGUCGGAAGCGCAACGAUAAAGUGCCGGAUCGCACGAUGCGUCUUCGGCUCGGUCAUAUCUGUCACAGGUUUCAAAUGAACAACGUUAGCGCUAGCUUACGUGAACAGACAUGUCUGCACUUGAUCACCUCGCUUAUUGUGGAUCCGACGACCGAAAACACAGCCUCCGAGCAGAGCGUUUACGAUUCGCCGGCUAUGGAAAACCCAAUAGCGCCGUCGGAACGCUUUCAACACAAUGUUCACGCCGAGAUGUGCGUUCAGAGGCUAAUGAUGCAGUACAAGUAAUGUCGCCGAGUGUAAACUGUCCCAAACUAUAAUUGCAUUUUACUUAUCAAAGCUAAGUUGCGUACAUGCACAAAAUAUACCAGUCCUGUCAUGGAACCGAUGAUGCGCGUUAAGUUUGGACAACUACGUCUGGGCGUCUCCCGACUGCGAAGUAACUUUGCUGAAUGGCUUCGAGACAGCACAGUAAGUUAGCUCUGGUCCAAAGCGCAGUCUUAGAAACUGGCGAUUGGCAACGACAGCCAUGUGCAAAUAUUAUCACACUUGCCACAAUCCGAAUUGCCUUUUUUCAAUUAUCGACGCGGGAAAGGCCACGUGCGGGGUCGCGUUUAUUACGAGAAAUUCACUGAUUACUGACUCAUUCGUAUUGCUACUCCACUGUGACCUUAACACCGGUCGCUUCUCCUCAGGUUCAGUAAGGCAAGCAGUGCCCAGCCACCAGCACUUAUUUUUAAAGAGAUUAAUCCCUGACGUACCACGCUCAAGCCGUCGGCGAUGCUUACGUUACCAGCAAAGUAUCAUAUGGCGAGUUGCUAAUAUGGUUACAAACGAACGUUGUGCAGCACUAACGUCCCUCGGCAGUGCACCAGUAAUAGUUAAUUUUUUCAUCGACGAUAAUUCUUGACUUCACCAUAAAAAGCAGCUGCUACCGUGAAGGCUUGUUCGUUUAUAUUCCCAAAAACGUGCAAUAGGUGGGCGAUGAGCAUUUUGCCCGGUGCGCCGUCCAGACGGACAGUGUACAGUCAUGACAGGGUGGUUAUUUCGCUAACCUGUGAUUGAAAUAUACCGUGCAACUGACCAUCGCCUGGCUCGUCCUAUUAUGCCAUAUUUGCUGAAUCAGAAGCUUGCCGCGCGACGUGAAUGGAAUCAAGCGUUUGAUAUGAUUGUACACUGAAGCAUCAAUUCGGAAUAUGUCUGUCUUUCUUGGUGACGCGUUGCAAGUCGGCAAUUGGUUUAGCGAGUUUGACAACGAAAGCGAUCACAACUUAAGGCCCAGACGAUACUAAACGCCUUAAAUACCAGCUAAAUAGUUGACGAUGGCAACUGCGCUGACUUGGAUAGUCCGAAGACGAAAAGCGACUUUUACCUCCACCAUAGACAGUUCCACGUCGGCAGAAUCUAGGAUCGCAUAGUACGAUCGACGAACGUAACAACUUGAUUGGUCCAACACUUGGUGAACAAAUCAUCGAAAUACGUCGACUCAUCGAGCCGGUAGACAGAAUUAAGAUCAACACGCUUCAGGUGCUCAUGGCAGACCGCUGCUAGAAGGAAGCCAUUUGAAGUAACAUCCCAAGUAACUAACUGAAUCCCGAAAACGCGUAAAGCUAUAUCUUCUGGUUGCCAGAGGAACGGGCAGUUAGUUCAAUUAACUUUCGUGUCAUCAUGGCAACAUCAGCUGACAAAGUGAUGCGGUUCCGGAGGAAAAUAAACAAGAGCACGAUGAUACUCGGGUUUAGGUUUAACCCAGGAAACCUACCUUUUGUUGGAGACCAUAACAAAGCAGCCGAAAGCUAUCCUCCAAUUUUUUCCAAUUUUGCUAAUUUUCACGAUUGCAUGAAAUACGUGUUGUCUUGCGCGCUUCAUGCUGUAAAGUCAACGUCGGUGAUUUCUUUUGAACUCGAAGUUUUUUGCUAAGUCUUUAGCGGAAUUCGUCGCUUUGCCAUCAAACGAUUACAAGCGACCUUGAGAUUAUUCAAUUGUCGAACGUUGCGGUCGAACCGCGUUUUGGUGUUGCUACCUAAUAUAAGCUGGCCUUAUAAGUGAUUAAACAGUUGAACUGUUAUAGCUUGUCUACAGAGCAUUGAUUUCGAACGCUUCAAGCGACCCCAGACGUCCUUCGCCAACAACAGGCAGAACUCGAUUGUUAUCGCAACGCUCGGCAUACACUCUGAAGCUGUCGCUGUCAAAUCAACAGAAGCGAAAUUUUUAAGACCACUGGCGACCUUUUUUCCACGCUCACAAAAGGGGACUUGAAAAAUUGGCGCACUCAGUUAAUAAGAACAUCUCCGCUAUUGAAGCUUCGUCGAUUGUAGAUUGAUUGUCAUGAGCCAGAUUGCGUAUGACGUUUCGCAUUUAUAUCGCAAUAUGUGGGUCCGCUUCGAAAUGACGUGCUUAGGCAAACAAAUUGAUUAGCGCUGGCCCGUCAUGAAUGCUGGCAAAUGUCGGGCAGCCUUUUGAUUAAUCCGGAAGUCGCAAACGUAACCAUUGAACCAGGAACCGCCUAUACAAUACAAGCGACGACGAUCCAGCAGUUGGUAUCGACCAUUAUAGUAGUUUCUCGUUUCAUAAACACUACACGCAACCCUCGGACCUUCACGGCGGAUCGGAAGAAAAUGCCACAUUUUGAAGUACACCGCGUAUUUUCCACCUACAUCACGACGUUGUCAGUACGCGAGCUGUGCAGUGAACCUUGUUUCGGACUCAGGUGCUUUUAUAGAUUCGCAGUGAAUCUAUAUCGAGAACGACGCGGACGACCUUCUUUUUCAUUGGCGCUGUUGGUUUGCGAUUAAUGCUAUUUAUGUUAACACUUAGCGACUAUUGUUGACGCUGUCUUUAGGAGGGAUCUGUCCCGGUGGACACACAUACCACAGAUGCCACAGUGGCGUUAGGCAACGCGUUGCAAGUUCUGCCGGACGUCGGCUCUCCACCCUAGAGCUGAAUGACGGUCUCGGUCUUCAAGGUUUAAAAUUACGCCAGUCGACAAAGUCCACCUUACUUUAAUUUUGAGGUCAUUGAGAGAUCCUCGAAGGGGAAUUGGCCGUUUCCAUUGAAAGUGUCGUCCGCCUAGUCACACUCAUGCAUAGUAACAAUACCAGUUUGCUACUUUACCGUAGGCACAGUUAUGGCGCUUGCUAUUAUGGCCUUUUUCUCGGCAUCCGAUACCAUAUACCUGCCAUAAAACAGCUUUAAAGCUAAUGUGUAGCUAUCGUCAGAUAACGGCAGGGUCGAGAUCAACUGUUACGAGGCCCCUUGUAGUAACCAGGCCAGCGCAACGGUUUUGUCGUUCUCAGUUGCAGUAUCCCACUGCUUGAAGUAGCCAACUGAGCUCGUCACAUCAUCUUCUUCGUUGGAAAAUGUUAGUUUUCACGUCAACUAUCUCUGGGGCAGCGUCCAGUAGACUUGAAACGGCAAUAUAUGUAAACACAGCUGUUGUUGUCAACCAGUGGCAGUGCAGGUUUAGCGUGGUCAUUAACGAUUUGAGGUCACCCACCCUGCACAUUUCUAAGGACGGCUGACCGCUAGCGGCUACAAUUGCCAGGACGAAUUUGUCGGUCGAUCUACAAGGAUGCUCUUAUGUGAUUGAACCUUCCCGCUUCUCUCUCCAUUUUAGAAUCUGAAAACGCUUUACACACAUGGCGCGGGGUGAUGCUGGCAGUUUUUUUUUUAUGUGAAACACAGUUUUUCUGGGGCAAACGUUCUUAACGAUGGGUCGGCAUUGUUGUAAUCGGCAGCACUACUGGUGGCAUUUGAAGAGGGGUUGGCAAGGAAAGUGCUAUAUGUGAUGUGCUGUAGAUUCAUCGUGCUCCCUGUACUUUACUUUUUUUUAAUAAUUAUCUACACGGAAAACGCGUACUGUCGAGAAUUUCCGUGAAUCUGAGAUAGCACGUGUUUGGUUUAUUAUCCCUUGCGGCAUUGCCUACUUUUACCGCCAUUUUGGUGCAGCCCAUUUAUGAUUAGUUUGCGCAUAAAAUCAUAUAUAUUACACAAUACAUAAGUCUUGAUAAUUGAAACUGUUAUUUUGUUCAUUUCACAGUUUCUUCUAGUACCUCUGUCAUUGUCUUAUCCCUGUUGUUUUUACCGCGUAACCCGCUAAGGCUUGGCAGUAUUAUAAACUGACGCCGCAAGAGGUCGCUUUAGUUUCUAAGCAGCGAGCACGUAGUAUGCUUCGAUGAAUAUACGAAUUCAUAAUGCGACAACAAAUCGACACUCUUCUAUAACAAUAUAUUCGAGAACAUGUAUAUAUAUCUACACACACAUCUGUUCACUAAUAAUGUAAAAUUACAAAUGUUUAUCGGUGCUGUGACUAUUUCCAACCGUAAUACCUUUGAUCAUUGACUGGAAAAACGCCUUUGGCUUGUGAAUGUUCACGAGUCGUGUUAUUAUAUGUGCCAAUGCAGUAAGCCGCCAUGUUCUCAGGACGUAUAACCAAUGUGAUUGAUGGUUGUAUCAUGAAACACAGUAUUAAGAAAUUAUUAUGGUAAAAAAAUAAUAAUCCUAACCUAGAAAAUCGAAGCCGCAAUAAUGGGUUUAGACUAUUCGUUGUUAACACGUAGCUCUCACCAUAGGAUUCUCUGUUCACUUGAUUUAGUCACGUAAAUAAAGCGAGUUUAUUGAAAAGCCGUCUGAGUUCUUCGCGCUUUUGUCGCAGUUUUAAAUAUAAGCCAUUAAGUGUAUUACGCUGUUGCUUAAAAUUUUACAGGAUAAAGCUUUCGUUAAGAACUGACAAAUUCGUCGAAUGGGAAACAAAUUUAUAACAAUCCGGAACAGUUCUCUUUUCAAACAAACCUUUGGCAUUGAUGGUCUGUAAACAUUGAGAGAUCGAAGUAUACGCGUGACUAUUGAAAUUACAUCCCCUAGUUCCUAAAUAGGUCCACAAUUUCAUCGUGGUCUAAUCCUUAGAUCGUUUUGUCUAACCGCAAUUUGAAGUGAUUUUUCGCGUACACUAAGUGUUUGAAUACUACUUUUCCCGUGAUAGAAAUUUUCAUUUCGUAUUUACUAUAAAUGACCAAUGGUCCUAGAUGUUGCAAACGGUCUCUACUUAAAACGAUGAUCGAAUUCAAUGUGUGGCGUAUUCCUCCGUAAGCUUACUGUCAACAUAAAGAGACAGGCGAGGGUAAAUAAGUGUAGACGUAGCUGAUGUUUCUAAUCAGAAGGUCUGAUUGUGUGGUCAGCCUCACAAUUGGACACUAAAACGAGUUAAUUUUGCGCGAAAAAGGAAAGCGAAAAAGGAAACACAAAAAAGCGACUGCCAAUAGUUCAAGACUAAGAGUAAAUCAGUUAAUAGUAUAUAUUGGGAAAAAACAAACGCGUAGUCUUAAACGCUACUGGGUUAACCGGCACGGUUAGAGAUAUAGAACUGAUCAAAGACUUUUCUUGCUUACAAAACAUAAGCGAGAUAAAACUUUGCACACGAAACAAAGUUGAAAACAAUUCAAAAGCAGAAAACAUCGCAACAUAUAUCCAGAUUAUAUGGCUGAAUGCAUAAUCAAGCCUCUUUACUACCUCAGUGCGUUACAAAAUGUUUGGCUUAUACGGUAUUAUUUCAAAUAUUUCAAAUUAUUUAUUAUUCAACAACAAAAAUAAAUUGAAUUAUUAAAAGAAAUGUAUCAAAGUAUAUGUCAAGUUCUUUGUUUCAUAAACUAGUUUCUAUAUAGACCCAUAAAACAAUAAUAAAAUUGAAGAAGGGAGCUCUAGAGAGAGUGAAGUUAGGUGAAGCUUGAACAAACUUGGAUGUGACAUUAUCUUAUAGAUGGUUAAUAUUAAUAGAUUUCGCAAUAAUAAUAGCAUGAAUAGUCAAUCUACAUCCUACAGUGCAAUCAUCAGAAGAAUUGAGAACAUUCUUCAGUCUACAUUGACGGUAUAUUUGCCGGUAAAUACAAUAUCCAUUAAUAGAGAAAACGUUGAUUAUAAUCGUACUAUUAUUAUCAUAUAAUGAAUACUCUAUAAAAUGAAACUAACUGAGAAAUCAUCGUGUUUGCAUUUUCUUUUUAAUAAUGAAAUGAAAAUUAUUAAUUUUCUAUGAACGUAAAGUUACCACUCUUUUAUUACGAUAAAUUACUACUCUUUAGUAUAGCUUAGCUAUCAGUUCGA